AUGCCCGUCAAGUCUCGCGACGAAGACCGUCGUUUCUUCGCGUCCAAAUGCAUCCCUAUUUUCAUUUCUGCAGAGAUGGGACUUAGACCCUGGAGACGAUUUGUUCGGGAGAUGGGAGACGACUUCCCUUUUCCCUGCGCUUCUUGUAUCAAUACAGGAGAGCCUUGCGAAGUGUCCCCAGACCUCGUGGGCUGUUUGUCAUGUCUCCGUCGUGGAACUCGCUGCACCGCCCAUGACGAUUGCAUCCAGCACGCCCUUAUGCGCCACUUCCCUGCUAGCUGGAGAAACCAUCUCUUUUCGACUUUUUACGAUUACCAUGGCUAUCAUGCAUACGCUCGUGGUCGUAUGCACUCGAACUUAGGCGGUCUCAACGCCGUCUUUAACGGUGUGUGUUUCUCAGCUGCCCACUCUCUGUUCCCUCAACUCAUACCCAACCAAGCUACUUCUGUUAUUGCUACCCGAGUCGCUGCAUUGACUCGUCGACAAUCGCUUCCUCGCCUUACAGCUGCUCUCGAUCAGCUGCGAGAAGCUACUUUCGUUCUCGCUAUAGGCCGUUCGGUAAUGCAGCAGCAACAUAUCGCGCGACAUAUUUUACUACACGAUAUCGCUUCCAUCUUGAAAUCCAUUCGCCAUGGUUGCCUUCCUUCCCAGCGAGGUCUUGCCCUUAUCGAAUCCAUUUUUAAAGACCGAGGAUCCGAUGUAUGGUCGGCUACUCGUUUUCCUUAUGGCCCGUGCCCCGAACUUCGCGCUUUACUCCCUACCCAUCCCGACUUGGACUAG